CACAGAAAGAAUCCGGCUCUGGUGAGAUGAGGGGACAGGAUGGCAACUCGAUCGGUGGACCGCAGCUGAAUACUCCUAAAAGGACAUUUUUGGUGGUGUGUGUGGCGCGGUGUGAGGGGAGGUCAUGCCCCUGGUCAAGAGGAACAUAGAGCCCCGGCACCUCUGUCGAGGGGGGCUGCCCGAGGGGAUUGGCAGUGAGCUGGAGUGUGUCACCAACAACACCCUCUCUGCCAUCAUACGCCAGCUCAGCAGUCUAAGUAAACAUGCGGAGGACGUCUUUGGAGAGCUUUUUAGUGAGGCGAACACAUUUUAUGUGCGUGCCAACGGUCUCCAAGACCGCAUCGACCGCUUGGCUGUCAAGGUCAUCCAGCUGGAUUCCACUGUGGAGGAGGUCUCUCUGCAGGACAUCAACAUGCGCAAGGCAUUUAAAAGCUCUACAGUCCAGGACCAGCAGGUGGUGUCCAAGAGCAGCACGUCCAACCCUGUGGAGGACAUGUACAACACCAGCGACAAGCCUCCUUCUCUCAGCAUUCUCUCUGCUUACAGAGAUGACCACACCGAUGGGAUGAAGUUCUACACUGACCCAUCCUACUUCUUUGACCUGUGGAAGGAGAAGAUGCUGCAGGACACGGAGGACAAGAGGAAGGAGAGAAGAAGACAACGCGAGCAGAAGCGAUGUGUUGACGGCACACUUCAGCGCGAGGUGAAGAAGGUUCGUAAAGCCAGAAACCGCCGUCAGGAGUGGAACAUGAUGGCGUUCGACAAAGAGCUCCGCCCAGACCACCGCCACCCUCACUCUCUCCACCGGGGGGCGUCGUCUGAGGGCUCCCUCUCCCCAGAGAGCAGAUAUGGUCAUGACCUGCCAGACUACCCAACUGCUCCAGGCCUUCCACAUUCUGCAUCCAACCAUGCUCUGGCUCACCCCUACCCGCCUGCAGACAUUCACGAGUCUGUAGAGCAUGAGUACCACAGCAUCGGAGUCAGUUACAGAGAAGGGACUCUCAACCGCACACACCACUCCCCACCUCUGCAUCGCUCCACUGAGAGAAUAAAUGGCACUAUGACGCUUCCACCUGCGGACUACAGUAUAAUGGAGUACUAUGCCAGUUCCGGACCACCACCUCCUCCCCCAGCCCCUCUUAUCCCAUCCGCACAGACAGCCUUUGGCUCUCCCAUGGUAUCCCCCACCCCCCUUACUGGACCUAGGACAGGGGCCACAGGCUAUGGUCUCCCACCCCUACCUCCUCCAGGGCCUCGUAUGAUUCCACCUCCCCCAGGUCCCCCUCCACCACCAGUACCCCCUGCCCCACCCCAACUGGCAGGACUUGGUGACAAGAGACAGGACACCCAGCCUCGAAGUGACCUUCUGUCAGCUAUUCGCAUGGGCAUCCAGUUGAAAAAGGUGCAGGAGCAGCAGGAGCAGCAGGCUAAGCGGGAGCCUGUGGGGAACGACGUGGCCACCAUCCUGUCCCGUCGCAUCGCAGUGGAGUACAGCGACUCGGAGGACGACUCCGAACUGGAAGAGAACGACUGGUCCGACUGACCCUGACCCUAAUCCUUUACAGUGACCUCACACCAUGGACACAUCGCUCCUCCAGCCCAGCUAUCCCACAAUGGUGAUGAUGCAGUACAGAUGAAUUAUGGGAGUCAUAUUUUCAGUAUGCAUUAAGUGGGUAUAGGCUGAGAAUCCACUUGCAUUUUAGUCUAAGUCCUGUAGGUGAGUGGACAGGACUUGAAAUGAAGGCAAAUUAGUGUCCUGAUGAACUGAGAUUCAGCUGAAAUCACUCAAAGGUGCACGGACCAAAUAACCAAGUAGUGAAUUUCCCUUUUCCCUACAGAGCUGUCUAAGCUCUCUUUAUCAGACACCAACGUUACCAUUUCAUCUGACAUAGAUCACCAACACUGUAUUCUCAAUGUCACUAACCUCAUUUAUGAUUUGAUCUGGAUUUAGAAACCAUUAGAAAGGCUUGAGGAUCUCUCUGUAGCAUAGACUGGCUCUGAACAGACAUAGCGGGUACGUUCCAGCCCGACUGUGUUUAAAAUGCAACCAGUGACAAUAAUUAUGAAUUGCUUGUCAAUAUUAACAUGUCUCUUCACAUGUAUUCCAGAAAUACAUUUGAUAUGAUAUGCAGAUCAGCAAGCUGACCACUGAGUGGCACUGUGCUCUCGUUUAAUGCUCACUAUUUGAAUGAUUCAUUUUUGAGAUUUGAUAAUAAAAAAUGAAUUCUAGAUUUCUAGCUAUCAACAAACUGCAAACGUUUGCAUCAUGCUGAAAUGUUGAAUGAAGAGUGACAGGGUGACAAUGUGAGUAGAUUACCUUAAAUAGACUUCAAACAAGUCAAGGACUUCAUGCUGCAUGAGGUCUCUAAUAUACUGUAUGGACAGGCUCCCAUUUGACUAGAUGUACUGCUGUGACACCUGUGCAUGAAUUCCAUUCCAUCUUUCGUACAAAUGGAAUAGUGGGAAUAAAUGUUUGUUUGCAGUGAAAAACAAUAGUUGACAAGGGCAAAUGUAGAUAUUUGAUAUGUUUGCAUAAUAGCCCAAUUUCUGUGCUAUUGCAACCCACAAAACCGAUAACUCUGAAUGGAUUCAAAUUCAGUAAGAACAUCAAAGAAUUUAAUAUUUAGUCAAUUCUGAUAUUGAAUAACUGAAUUUGGUAAAAAUUAUGAUGGAAAAAGACAACCAUUGGGUAACCAAUGUUUAUUAUACAAAAACAUUCAUACCUGUAAUUCAACGUUAGCUCUCUGUACUUUUACACAAAAAAGUAAGAGCCUUAUAAACCUGGUGCAUAAUUCAUUAUUUACCAAGUUUAUAUUUUCCCAGACCAGUUCAGAGCAAACCAGACCCUAGAUGGAAUAAAAUUCCCCAGAGCUUCAUCUGUAUCAAAAGUCUCACACAGUUCCCCGAGCGCUGUCUUCAGAGAGGGUGACUCCCAGAAUGCCUCAGCUUGUUUGUGGUUUAAGGGGUGCACACAACCUUGGAAAGAUCAUCAAAUCACUGUUUUACCACUCAGCUUAAUCCCCACAACAAAGAGAAAGAUACAAAAUGGAGAGAAGUGGAGUGUGAGAUUAAGUAGAAAUUUGAUGGAUGCAGAUUGACUGCUCAGUUUCCCAGUGUUGCUAAGGGGAGUGAGGAAUCUUGAUUUCAAAUCUCCCAGGUCGGAGAGUGGCUGGUGAUCGGACGUUCCCUGUUACCUCUGCAGUGGCCAGCCCCUCUAUUAGUGUCCACUGUUGUGGCCAUCUGCCAGAUUACCCAGCAGGUUAUAUUUUUAUAGAGAGCAUCCCAUUCUUAUCCCGCCUGCAAAGGUUUACAUUAAGGUUGAACUCGGGUGCGCUUACAAUAGCAGAUGAAGUAAGCUCUAUCCUUCUAACAGCAGCCCUUCCCAUCUUCUCACUGUUAGAGAGGCUGGGUUUAAAAGGGCUGCUUUACUAUGGCAUGAAAGAGGAUCUCAUGCAAUGCCACUGUCGCCGAUUUCUUUUCAAGCAUCAAUAAGUGAUGCCCAGGAUUUUAAAAAAAUACAUUUAUGUGCCAAGUGUAAUUGUCUAAUUCUAAUAGACAUCAAAAGGCCAACUUUUCUGUGUUACCAUACAGGUGAACUCAUUCCUGGGAAAAAAAACAUUCUCAGCCUAGUAGGAGCGAUGGCGUCCCCCUUUUUCCCUGGUCUAACGGGAUUAGUCGUGCCAGUGCUCCCCCGGCUGUCACGCUACUGUCUACUUCCCAUCUCUCCCCCGGGCCUCUAAAGUGAUUAACCCAGCCCCUGUGGUCCGCACGGUUCUGGAGGGUAAUUAAGGGGGAGGGGGGCACCUCCCUGGCAUGUCCCUCCCCAGGCCUUACUCGCUCUCUUCGGCACCUUUGUAAGAUGGGAUGGGCUGGGGUUUAUGAAAGUGAGAAGUACCAGUGACUGAAAGAGAACUUUCUGAAAGUGUGUAGAAUUCAUGAAUGAUUCAAUUAAUUUUAGUAUCCAUUUAAUGUGAUACAGGUCCACAUUUAGAUGUAUCAUGUAAUCCUUACCCAGCUCAGAGCUUGUGAUAACACAUUGUGGGAACUGAGUCCUCAUUUAAAAAUUAGCAUGCAUUUGGUCCAUGCUUAGUCUACGUGAUCUUUCCUCUCAUAUCUAUCAAGCCGAUUAUCAAAUCUCAGUAAAAGCUUAUAAAUACUUGACAAUGGCAUGCAGAUUAUCAUACCAUUGGAUGUGUUGACCACUGAAAAUCUGUUCAAACCAUUUGCAUCCUGACAUGUCUUUUAAAAAGAGCAGUACUGAAUAUUCAUCACAGGCUUAAUUAAGGGAAAGUAAUAAUGAUUGAGUCUGCCCAUCAUCUUGUCAGACCUCAGCGUUAUGUGGAUGCGCCUGUUUAACACAUGUCACGCUCAUGUUUGACUUGUCUGUCACAAGUUUUCCAUCAUGGCAUCUGUUCCUUAAUGAUCGGUGGGGAACUAGGUCUCCCAAACCACAUGGCCUUUACCACCCCACUGAAUAAAAAGCUUAUCUGAUGAAUAAAACGCCU